ACUUGAAAGAUGAAUCCAACGCCAAUAACUUACAACGACUUACCUAACAAUAAGAAACAAGCUCCGUCAAUCCAGCUCUUCCAACAUGAGAAUACACAUUUCCGAUUAACACAUCAAUGAAAAUAUAUCAACAACAAAAGAUUCAUUUACUAUUUUAAAGGUGGUGCGAGUUGAUUUUCGUUAACCCAAAUGGAGCAUCAACCCAGGGGUCGAAAUGCCAUUUUAUUGAAAUCUUCAGCGGCGGCGACGGUGGCGGACGACGACGGAGAUAUGGCGCUUACCCUGUUGGCCAGAAGUCCGAGGCAUAGGCUUGCUUCUUCCUCGGGUAAAGCGCGGAAUAAAAUGGACGACAAUCCGAUGCUUCAGAAGGUUAAGAAGAGACUUGCGGAUUGGAAAACUAGCCAUGCUGUAACGGGUCCUGGAGGGAAGUUUAUGAGCUUUGAGCAAAAUAAGGCAGCAUUUGAUGAGCAAUGCUCUCCCGGGGAAUUUAAAUCAUCUGCUGUGAUGCGGGCACUUGAGGUUCGAUCAAAUUUGGAACAAGAAUUUCCUAGCUUUGUGAAAUCAUUGGUCAGAUCACAUGUUGCAAGCUUAUUUUGGAUGGGGCUUCCUGGGGCAUUCUGUAAGUCAUACUUGCCAGCAAGAGAUAGUACAAUGACUUUAGAAGAUGAAGCUGGGAGACAUUUUCAAGUAAAAUAUAUUGCACAUAAGACAGGGUUGAGUGCUGGAUGGAGACAAUUUUCUGCUGCACACAAGUUACUUGAGGGUGAUGUUUUGGUCUUUCAACUAGUAGGGCCCACAAAAUUUAAGGUUUAUGUCACAAGGGCAAGCGAUCUGACCGAAGUGGAUGGUGCCCUUGGCCUUCUAAAUUUGGAGUCUCGUACAAGGCACAGCGAUGCAGGAAAAGAUACAGACUACAAGGGUGACAUGGCUAACGACAUUUCAAACAAGAGACGUGUAAGGUCUGCUCUGCUCGAUACGGCUGAAAAACAGAAAAAGCCAAUCCCGUUGAAGUCGGUUUCAAGGAACCAGGUAGCAGAACAAUAUGUAAAUACUAGUGAAGAGGUUGUUUCAGCAAUAGUGGAGGCUUACGACAUCUAUCCAGCAGUUCCAUUUAAGCAAAUCAAGAGCUUUGAGGACUUCAACAUUGUAAUUGAUGGACUAUCAAUAAAUUCUGAACUGCCAAGAGACCUAAGGAAAAGAUAUUAUAAACUUUGCUGUAGUCAGAAUAUGUUUCUCCAUGAAAAUCUCAUCCAAGGCAUGAAUCGCAAGUUAGUUAUCGGUGUUAUUUCCGAAACAAUUACUAUAGCCGAUGCAAUUAAAGCCAGCGAUCUAUCUACUUCACGAGACGAGUUUUCUGCAUGGGACAAAACUCUCCGAGCCUUUCAGCUCUUCGGUAUGAAUGUUGGAUUUUUACGUAAUCGUCUCCAUAGGCUUGCAAACCUUGCAUAUGAAUCAGAAAUUGCCUUGGAUCUCAGAGCAUUGGUAGAUGCCAAUAAUGACCAAGUGCAUGUGCGUGAUGAAAUCAGAAAUAUCGAGACAAAGCUUGUUGAAUUGAAGGAAGCUUGUGAUAGAUUUGGAGCUGCCAUUGAUGGCUUAGAUUCUAAAGCUGAAAUUUAUAAGUCCAAAUUCCAGGAAGAAGUUUCUGCUCCAUGGUAAUCAUAUGUACUCUAUUGUUUUUGUAUAUUCAUUUUUUUAUUCUUCAUUUUUUUUAGUACAAUGCUUUGUACUCCUUUUUAUCUAAUCUUGCAAAAUGAAUAUUUACAAAUAAAAGAAUACGUAACUAAACAAAACACUUGUAAGAUGAGGAUUGGAUCGGUGGAAAUGACUUGCUCAACUAUGUGAAGUAGGCCAAAUAUGUUCAUUGGUGAACUUAUUAGUUGAUUAAAAAUUCACUUUUUCCCUUGUACACAUUUGUUCAACCUUGUGAAAAUAAUAAAAAGUUUUGUAAGAAAACAAA